CCUCCUCAGAACCAAUCCUGACUGACUGAUCAGAGAUUCCCAGGUGCCUGUUCAUUCCUGUGAAUCUGGCCCACCUCUGGGGCUAGUGGAACCACUGGGAAAGCAGAGGGGAACCACGUUUCCUGCCGGCUCCUCCCAGUGGAGAUUUGGAAGCCAAAGUCGACCCGAACUCUUUCUGUAACUGGGGAUAUUUGUCGCCAAAGGAGCCAUCCCUAUUGAAUCUCACCAGCACAAGCCACGAAGGAGUUAACUGCCGCUCUGUGAAGAAGGAAUAAAGUUCCCUGAGCCAGAAGAAGGUGGUUCUCGUUCAAUCCAGAGCAGAAGCCGGGCAGCUCCAGUUUAGCUGUCUCCAUCCAAGCAGCAAAACAUGCUCAGGGUCUCCGAGCCCUGCCACAGUCUAGGAGGAGCUUGGCUUCCCGGGGACGAGCCGGAUUCGGCCCCCUGGGUCCCGGCUGCUCACAUCUCUGUAAGGCUGCUGUGCAGAGUCUGGGUGGGAAUGCCCAAGCCUCCGAUAUGAACGCCACUUUCCGCAUGAAGGUCAGUGAGCUGCUUGAGCCGGGGUCGCCCGCCAUGGGCAACCAGAGCCGUGGGCAGCCCUGGGAGGGGGUGGAGGUCUCGCCUGGUGGUGGAGCCAACACCAGCCUGCCCAGUGAGGAGCUCUUCCUGCUGCCCACUUUCUCCACCGCCGCCAAGGUCCGGGUGGCCAUCACCUUCGUCCUCUUCCUCUCCUCCGCCUGCUUCAACAUCGCCGUGCUGUGGACCGUCACCCAGAAGUACCGCAAGAGGCCGCACAUCCGCAUCCUCAUUGUCAACCUGGCUGCGGCCGACCUGCUGGUGACCUUUGUGGUGAUGCCCUUGGACGCAGCCUGGAACAUCACGGUGCAGUGGUAUGCGGGCGACCUGGCCUGCCGGGCCCUCAUGUUCCUCAAGCUGGUGGCCAUGUAUGCCUCAGCCUUCAUCACCGUGGUGAUCAGCCUGGACCGCCAGGCGGCCAUCUUGCACCCACUGAGCAUGGGCGACGCCAAGAAGAAGAACAAGGCCAUGCUGUGCGUGGCCUGGGCCCUGAGCGUGUUGCUGGCACUACCUCAGAUGUUCGUCUUCCAUGCAGUGAGCCGCUCCCAGCCCAUCUACUUCAUCCAGUGCGCCACGGUGGGCAGCUUCCAAGCCCACUGGCAGGAGACCCUCUACAAUAUGUUCACCUUCUCCUGCCUCUUCCUGCUGCCGCUGCUCAUCAUGGUGUUGUGCUACUCCCGCAUCCUCAUCGAGAUCUCCGGCAAGAUGAAGAGAGCUUGCGUCUCCUCCAAGGAGGUCCACCUCCGCCGCUCCUACAACAACAUCCCCCGGGCCAGGAUGCGCACUCUGAAGAUGUCCAUUGUCAUCGUGCUGACCUUCGUCCUGUGCUGGACUCCCUACUACCUGCUGGGCCUCUGGUACUGGUUCUCCCCGGAGAUGCUGAGCCGGAAGAAGGUGCCUCCAUCCCUCAGCCACAUCCUCUUCCUCUUCGGCCUCUUUAACGCCUGCCUGGACCCCCUCAUCUAUGGCCUCUUCACCAUGCACUUCCGCAGGGAGAUCGGGCGCGUCUGCCGCUGCACCCACCGCAGGAAGGAGCAGGGCUCCACGCUGAUUGGCUCCUUCCGGGCCUCCACCACGGCCGCGCCCAUCAGGAGUGCCGGGGAGGACCAGGGGGGCUCAGGCAAGUACGAACUGGAGGUGAUGGCUAACGUGGCCCUGCCUGCUGGGAGGUGCGAACUGUGCAGGAAGAAGAUAGUGGAGAGCUUCAUAUGA